UGCAGGUGUGUGUAAAUGUAAGUUUUGCAAUUUAAUUUAAAAAUUCAAUAAGAGUAAUGCCGCGUUCAAUGGAAAAGAAAUUCAUAAUUCAGUUGUUGUCUGCCACUAUAAAAAUUCCAAAAUUGAAGUCAUCCAUUCGGCUUUCCCCGCCAAUAUAUGGACAUCUCCAGUAUUCUGGACCUCCUUCUCGCGACAGGGAGAUUUGCAGAUAAUCCAUUUACAAUCACGAAUCUUCCUGUACCAGGUACACGUAGAUCCUCUAUUCUCCCGAUCCCGUCCAUAGGUUGCAAAUUUUCUUUUGCACGUUUACUGAAAUGAAUUCGAAUUGUGGCAAAUCCAAUCAACAGAAAGGUUCCUCAGCCGCUUUGAACAACUUCAAUUUCGACUUUGAUCUUGGGAUCGGAUCGAAUCGACCCAAAUCUCUCAACGACCAGAAAAACCAUACCUCGUCCAAUUCAUUUUUCACUUCUUCCUCCUCCACAUUUUCGUCUACUCAACCAAGACCCGCUUGGCAACUAAGCAAGCCAUCAUGGACUCACCAGCCGGUGCCCAGUCUGGCGGCUCAGCCCGGCUUGCCGAAUGGGCCCGUUUCAAUGGUUGGGGAUGUAUUCGGCAGGAGCUGGGGAUCGACUCAACCUUCGGCUUCGAAAUCGAGCAUCGGACCUAUUAAUAAAGAUCCUAAUCUCUUUGGGGAUUUGGUAGGUUCUGCUUUAGGGCAGAGUUCAAAGAGUAGUAGCAAUGUUCCCCUGAAAAAUGGGGCGCCUUUCGAAGGCGUCUGGUACACAUCGAACAAGAGUCCUUUUUCUAUGGAGAACAUGGCGGAUUCUUUGCCUAAAACUGGCGGUACAGUUCAAAGUAGUGGAAGUUGGGGAUCUUCUGGGAAUAUGGGGAACUAUCCUAGCGGCUACAAUGGUAAUAGUGGCACGAGUUUCAAUAAGAGUACCAAUCUUGGUGGUCCUUCGUUGCGCACCAUGAAUGUUGGAGGUGGUGUAGCUGGAAAUGGAAUGAGUUCUAAUAAAGAUCCAUUUGGUUCUUUGGCUGGUUUUGGAUCCAAACAAUCUGGUAGUCUUAAUUCAGCUAGCAAAGCAAAGAUAAUGAAUAAUGAUACAGGGGAUGAUGGUUUUGGUCAUUUUCAGAGUGGUUCCAAACCGAGCUCUUCUACAUUCCUAUCAAGUAGUUCAACAAAAAAUGGUAUCAAUCUUAAUUGAUCUGCGUCUUUGAGUCAAAAGCCCUCGCAAACUUCUAGGGGCGAUCCGUUGGACAUGUUCUUCUCAACUUCCUCAGCCACAACUGGAAGUGCUGCUGUGGCUUCUGAAGGAUUUGGAGGACAGCCCUCUUCAGAAGUUGAUGAUUGGGGCUUAGAUUCUGAAUUUGGUGGGGGAGGCCAUGAUGUGGGUGAUACAACCACUGAGCUUGAAGGACUUCCCUCUCUUCCUGCUGGUAUGUCUGGUUCUGCAGCAAAAAGCAAAGGGAUGGACAAUUACAAGCAGGGACAAUUUGCUGACGCUAGAAAGUGGCUUUCCUGGGCUAUGAUCCUUCUUGAGAAAGCAGGUGAUAAUGCAGGCACUACGGAAGUUUUGUCAUGCAGGGCUUCAUGUUUCAAAGUAGUUGGGGAGUAUAAGAAAGCAGUAGCUGAUUGUACAAAGGUGCUUGAGAACGAUGAAACAAAUGUAUCUGUUCUUGUACAGCGUGCUCUUUUGUAUGAAAGCAUGGAAAAGUACAAACUUGGUGCUGAAGACCUGAGGACUGUUCUGAAGAUUGAUCCUUCCAAUAGAGUUGCAAAAAGUACCAUUCACAAGUUGAAUAAGAUGGCUGAUUAGUGAUUUUUUCUUUUGACCAAUCUAGAAUCCUUGAUGUCUCAAUUUAAUAGUUUUAUUGCCCUAACCCGUCACCCUCAAUAGGCAGGGGGUGAUGGUAAUUUAAUUUCUGUUUAUACACUGUUCUGAUUGUUGCCGCCCUCCAUCUGAUCUUCUGUACAAGGUUUCUCUUGUUUAUGGCACACGUCCUGCAAUUGUUAUGGUUACGGCAUAUUUUUUAGCCAAGACUUGAACAUGAA